AUGAUGAUGGUAAUGGGCGGAAAUAACAACAAUAAUAACAACGCUAAUUUUAACAAUCAUAUUACAACUACUACUAUGACACCAAAUAAUUCUAAUAAUUCAAUUAAUAAUAAUAUCAGUUCUAAUGAAAGUAUUAGAUUACCUUCAAUUAAGAAUCUAUUAUCUACUAUAGAUCCACAAACCAGUUACACUUUAUAUAAUAAUUCUAACACUGGUAUGGUAACACCACCAAUUAGUAACCAUGAUUUUUUCAUAAAUAAAAAUGUGGACGGUUAUACAAACUCAAAACCUGUGACACUUCAUAAUCAAAUGGACUACAACUGUAAUUACAAUAACAAUGCAAAUAAUAACAAUGCAAAUAAUAACAACUCUUACAAUAAUAACAUUCCAAUGAAUGUGGAACAUUCAAAUAAUUAUUCAUUUAGGAAAACUACUUUUGGUACAAGAGAUAGUUUUUCUGCUAUGACUAUACGGUCUUUAUCCCCCCCACAAGAAAGAGGUAUGAGCGUGAGUUCUGCUUCUUUACCUACCUCAUAUGCCAAUACUCCUGUUCAGAGUAUUCAACCGAAUAAUAACUAUAAUGUAAAUGGAGAAAGAGAUAUAAAUUCUUUUGGUAAAGUCACUAAAAAGACUAAAGGCAAAGGUAAAGGUCAUGCAUCGAAAUGCAGAAACUUUACUGAAAAUGGUCAUAAAAUACCCAGACCUAGAAAUGCUUUUAUUCUUUUUAGACAACAUUUACAUCACUCAAUCUUUGGUAGUGAUAAAGAUUUAUUGUUGACUCAAGGUUCAUUCAAAGCUAAUUCUCAGGUUUCAAGAGAAAUCGGUAAUCGUUGGAGAGAAUUACCUCCUGAAGAAAAAAAUUACUGGCAUGAAUUAGCUAAGAAGGAAAAGGAAUUACAUAAAUUGAAAUAUCCAAAUUACAAAUAUUUACCGAAGAAAAUAGAAAACUCAAGCUCUGAAGAAUCUCUUCAACAAUAG